GUAUAGAUCUAGCAGAUAAUGUGAAAGGUCCACCAACAGGAAGAGAUCAGAUAGUUGCUGAUAGAUUAGAUGAGACACCCAAACAAUCUGAAAAUGCAAUAGUAAAAUUAAGAGUUGUAGAAGGUCUAUGA